AUGAAGAGGAAACAGAAGAGGUUUCUGCAAAUGACGCUGCUCUUCACCGCGGCGCUGAUUUUCUUGCCUGACAUCGGCCUCUGGUCUCUCUACAAGGAGAAGCACCUGGUGAAGCCCGCCGAUCCCGCCGAGCCGCAGACAAUUCCAUUGGGGCUCGGAGAUGGACAGCUCUUUAUCUGGACUGAUGGCUUAAAAAGGAAGGACUGGCAUGAUUAUGAAAGCAUUCAGAAAGAUGCUAUGCGUUCAGGGAAAGGUGAACAUGGAAAGCCGUACCCUCUUACAGAGGAAGACCAUGAUGAUUCUGCAUAUAGAGAAAAUGGCUUUAACAUAUUUGUUAGCAACAACAUAGCACUGGAGCGAUCCCUGCCAGACAUCCGACAUCCUAACUGUAAGCACAAGGUGUACUUGGAAAAGCUACCAAAUACUAGCAUAAUUAUCCCAUUUCAUAACGAAGGCUGGACUUCACUCCUGCGAACAAUACACAGUAUUAUCAACCGCACUCCAGAUAGCCUGAUAGCAGAAAUCAUUCUUGUGGAUGACUUCAGUGACAGAGAACAUUUAAAAGAGAAGCUGGAGGAAUACAUGGUCCGUUUUGGCAAAGUGAGGAUUGUACGUACCAAGAAACGAGAAGGGCUCAUUCGGACCAGACUGCUAGGAGCUUCGCUGGCUAGAGGAGAAGUCUUGACAUUUCUGGAUUCUCAUUGUGAAGUCAACGUGAAUUGGCUGCCUCCCUUGCUUAACCAGAUUGCACUAAACCACAAAACCAUCGUGUGUCCUAUGAUCGAUGUCAUUGACCACAAUCACUUUGGCUACGAGGCACAGGCGGGGGAUGCCAUGCGAGGAGCUUUUGACUGGGAAAUGUACUACAAAAGAAUACCGAUUCCUCCAGAGCUCCAGAGAGCUGAUCCCAGCGACCCCUUUGAGUCUCCUGUGAUGGCUGGAGGUCUAUUUGCUGUCAACCGGAAGUGGUUUUGGGAGCUAGGAGGCUAUGAUCCAGGAUUAGAAAUAUGGGGAGGAGAGCAGUAUGAGAUCUCCUUUAAGGUGUGGAUGUGUGGAGGUGGCAUGUUUGAUGUUCCAUGCUCUCGAGUUGGGCAUAUCUACAGGAAGUAUGUCCCAUAUAAAGUCCCUUCUGGAACCAGCCUAGCACGGAACCUGAAGCGUGUGGCAGAGACAUGGAUGGAUGAGUUCGCAGAGUACAUUUAUCAGCGACGGCCUGAGUAUAGACAUCUUUCAACUGGUGAUAUCUCUGCCCAGAAGGAACUUCGCAAGCACCUGAAAUGUAAAGACUUCAAGUGGUUCAUGGCUGCAGUGGCUUGGGAUGUCCCCAAAUAUUACCCUCCUGUGGAGCCUCCACCUGCUGCCUGGGGAGAGAUACGAAAUGUGGCAGCCAACCUUUGUGUGGACAGUAAACAUGGAGCCACAGGGACUGAGCUGAGGCUGGACAUCUGUGUGAAGGACGGCUCAGAACGAACAUGGUCACACGAACAGCUCUUCACUUUUGGUUGGAGAGAAGACAUCCGCCCUGGAGAACCCCUUCACACCAGGAAGUUCUGCUUCGAUGCCAUUUCACACAGUAGCCCUGUCACACUGUAUGACUGUCACGGGAUGAAGGGAAACCAGCACUGGAGCUAUAGGAAGGACAAAACUUUGUUCCACCCGGUAAGCAGCAGCUGCAUAGAUUGCAACCCAGCCGAGAAGAAGAUUUUCAUGAACAGAUGUGAUCCUUUAUCUGAAACUCAGCAGUGGAUUUUUGAACAUAUUAAUAAGACCGUUUUAGAAAAAUUUAACAGCAAGGCCAGUUCCUAGGGAAAAAAAAAAAAAGAAAAAAGAAACAAUGAACACACCUAAUUCCGUACAGACUGCAGACUACAUUUUCGCCAGCAUCUGGGUCAAAGGAGUCAGGAAUUAAAUUUCCUAGAUCCAGGAAAUCUGUUCUGAGAAUUAAGAAAAUGCCACAGCAAGAGCCAGCAGGCUGUCCUUGUGGAUGUACAGUGUCUGGAGAACUUGCCCAAGAGCCUCACCGGAUGCUGCUGAUAACUUCAGGCUGAAAAUUCCCUUGCUGGUCGAGGGAAAAACUUUGUUUAAAAACUGUUUAAAAGUACUCCAAGUUAAUAAAGUAAAACAAAACUCG